AUGUCGUCCAAGACCUUGGCAGAGGAAUAUCCCCUUCAUUGGCGAGUCUGGCACAAUGAAUAUAGCGAACUGGAUACGGAAAUCCGGAAAAAACAUGAUCUAGAGAGUGUAGAUCCAAGGGGAAGAACUCCAUUGAUACUAGCUGUAACGUUAGGACAUAUCGAAAGCGUGAGAGUGUUGUUACGACAUGAAGCGAACGCUAACGCUGAAAAUUCUAAAUACUGGUCAGCUCUCCAUGAAGCAGUGAGUACUGGAGAUCCUGAAUUAGUUCAGUUAGUUUUAAAAUAUAGAGAUUAUCAACGUCAUAAUAAAAGGACAUUUAACGUCCCUGAUUUACUCAAGAAACUAAAAGAGACCCCUGAUUUUUAUGUUGAAAUGAAAUGGGAGUUUACUAGCUGGGUUCCGUUGAUUUCAAGAAUGUGUCCCAGUGACACUUACAGAGUUUGGAAAAGUGGUUCAAAUGUAAGAAUUGACACUACGUUAUUAGGGUUUGAUAAUAUGAACUGGCAACGAGGUAGUAGAAGUUAUAUUUUUAAAGGCACAAGUGAAACUGCAACUGUGAUGGAGAUAGACCAUGAAAAAAACGAAGUUUAUCAAGAAACAAUGCAGAUCUCUCCCACCCCUCCAGAUAUAUCGGUCAUGCAACCUUCGGAAGAAGCUGUGGCAGCCCGUCUGACCUCUCCUCUAGUCACUACCUAUAUAGAUACAGAAAAAAUCUCCUUUGAAAGGAAUAAAGCUGGUAUUUGGGGGUGGAGAAGUGAUAAAACAGAUACUAUCAAUGGCUAUGAUUGUAAGGUAUUUAGUGCUAGUAGUGUAGAAUUAGUCACUAAAACACGAACAGAACAUCUAACACAGCAGGAUAAAGAUAAAUCUAAACGCACCAAUAAAACACCGUUAGAAUCAUUCCUGGGAGUAGCAGAAGAACACACAAAAACAGCUUCACCAUCUAAUGAAAAUUCGGAUGUUACAAGUGUAUCAUAUAAUCCAACUCAUAUCACCCCAGAGGAAUAUUUUAAUAAACAUAUACCUUUAGAAAAUCGUGAUAUUGGACGACCCAUGGAAGUGUCCACAAAAACUCAGAAAUUUAAAGCUACAUUAUCGUUGUGUGAGACAUUCCCCCUAUCUCUACAAGAACAAGUGAUUCCUAUUAUAGAUCUAAUGGCCGCAAGCAACGCUCAUUUUAAAAAGUUAAAAGAUUUUAUAACGUUACAACUUCCUGCCGGAUUCCCCGUUAAAAUCGAAAUUCCGUUAUUCCAUGUAUUAAAUGCCAGAAUAACGUUCGGUAAUAUUUAUGCAUCAGAUCAAUCUGUAAAACAUGUGACGUGUCUACCAGCAGACGAGCCUAGUCAACUGAGUUGUACGAUAACAGACGAUUGUUUUGAAAUUCCAGAGGGUUAUGGAACAUUAGGAGAUGGGUAUCACGAAAGAUUACGAGAUGAGGAUGAUGAAUUAUUACAGUUUGCAAUACAACAGAGUUUAGUCGAGUCUGGCAGCGAAGAGGAUCAGGUGACUUUUUUUGAAGCCUUAACUAACACACGCCCGCCAGCUCUUCCGCCUAGAGAUACAGACGACAGACUUUUACAAAGAGCAAUAGCUGAGAGUUUAUCGGCAGACGGAGGAUCAAACAGUGUUGUGAACGGUCAACCCCCAACAUAUCAAUCUGUAUCCGACGAUGAUCAAUUACGUCUCGCGUUACAAAUAUCACAAAAUGAACUGGCUGAGGUUGAAAAACGUAGAAAACAGGAAGAAGAGGAGUUGGAAAUGAUUCUAAGGUUGUCUUUAACGGAAAAAUAA